AUGGUAUCGCGAAAGCGCACCCGCUCCGAAGCGGACGCUGCCCCAGAGCAGCCAGCUGAGGAGCAUGGCUUGCUGAAGCGUCUCCGAGAUUGCUGGGAGUUUGCGUGUCUCAUGCAGUUCAUUACGAUUUUUGGCCAUCUUAUGAAGAUUGAUGAGGACUUUGGUAUUGAGGACUUGGAAACUGAAUGUCUGAAACCGGAGCCUUCGCAGAAGCUCAUGGAGAUUGGACUUUGUCUGCUCAAAUGGGUUUCGUCGCAUCGGGGACUCACGUUCGAUAACUUUGAUGAAUACACGCGACGGCAAUACAACGCCAAAGCCCCUCAUCUGCCCAACCCCUUCGGCUACGAUGAAGCUCCAAACAAAUUUUCAGAAUUCGACGUUUUCUUGAAGCUUCGUGUGCUUCAUCAACUCACCCUGUGGACUUUCUGGAACCCCGAUCGCAUCCGCGAGAAGAUGCCGCAACAAAAAGAAAGUGAACAAACCGAAUGGCGCAUCGAAGAAGUAGGUUACGAUCGCGAGGGCCGCUACUAUUACGUCCUAGACGAUAAUCGACUGUACCGUCGCACCGACCCUGAUAUUCCUCCCUCAAAGCCUGCCAAAGCGAAACCCAAGAGCCGGAGUGCCAGAGCCGCGCGAGCUUCCAAGCGACGAAAAGUCUCCACCGCGGCUGCCGCCGAAGAGUCCGAUGGCGAGAAUGAUAAAGCCAACGACGAUAUCGCGAACGAUCCCUUCAAGGCAAUGAAGUGGGAAUGCAUUGCAGUUACACUCACAGAUUACCAGAAGUUUUUAGAUCCGAUUCGGAAGACGAAAGAUGCUGAUGAAAAGAUCCUGCGGGACACGAUCGUGGAGAAAGUACUGCCAGUGAUUGAGAAGGAGGAAGAAGCUCUGGAGCGGAAGAGAGCCAAGCGGGAAAAAGAGCUUUUCAACUUGCAGUUGCUUGCAGGUGCCAAACGUUCAGGCCGACUUGCCCAGAAGGCUGAAAGAGAGCGACAAGAACGAGAAGCCGCGGAAGCAGCACGGAAGCAUGAGAUUGAUCUGGCCGAGGCACACAAGGAAGAGGCGCGAUUGAAAAAGAUGGAGGAGGAAAGGCGCACUCGAAUGAUGACACGUGAACAACGUAUCAAAGACCGUGAACGCAAGCGUCUGCUGCACGAAGCCGAGUUGGAGAGAAUCGCAAAGGAGCAAGAGAAACUUGAAAGGGGCGAAAGUCGUGCGUCCGAAAGACAUCUCAAAGCCGAAUUGGAGAAGCAGAGAAAGAAUCUGGAAGAGCUCCAAGCAGAAGACCAGUGGAUCUUCGACUGUUCCGGCUGUGGUGUACAUGGAGAGAAUCUGGACGAUGGUUCGCAUAGUGUCGCUUGUGAGAAGUGUAAUGUGUGGCAACAUAGCAAAUGCUUGGGUAUCUCACAGGAGGCUGCUGAGCGUGAUGACUUCCACUUUGUCUGUCAAGACUGCAAGCGACGGGAAGAAGAAUCCAAGUUUCCCAAGCUUCCACCUUUAAAAUUCCGGCUCGGCUCUUCGCCAAUUCAAGAUCACAAAGCAAGCGAUAUCGUGGAUACUGGAUCCUCCAUGCCUUCAACAGAGACCGGCCCCGCUACGUCGGUUACACAGAUGGGCUCGCCGUCGAAGCCACCAAGGAAGCCUUCCACUCACGAACCGUCAGUUCCAGUCAGCCCUUCUCGACCUCCUUCCUCUCCUUUGAAAGGCAUAAACGGAUCAACUCUGCCUUCGCGAGAGCUUCCUCCCAAGCUACCUCCCCUCUCACAAGCAACCAAUCUUCCUCCCAUCAGCCGAGGCUUUCCUAAUGGCGGCUCGUCGCACUCGAGACGACCAUCAUCUUCCCACUCCGCUCAGAGCACAACCCUUUCUUCUCCGAUCCGUAAUCGACCUUCAAUGUCCCCCACGCAAGGCAACCAUGAUGUUGGUCCUCUUGCUGGAUUCCCAUCUACAGCCCCCUCCGAUGGCUCUGCUCCCUGGACACCCUAUGGACAGCAUCAAGCUUCGCGGCCAGACGCUGGUGCCCAUGCCUCCUUCUCUUCCAUCCCCAGUGGUCGGCCAUCAUUCUCAGCCGCAACUCCCGGUGGCAGUAGAUCCUCGCCUCCGCAGAGUUCACAUGGUGUACCAUUCUCUGGAAUCAGCCCAACCAAACAGUCACCUCGACCGAUGACUUCGGGAAGUAUUGCUGGAGCCCCUGUUCUUCCGCCGAUUCAGAGACUCGAACCGAGCCCGAAAUUGAUGGGUAGAAGCUCGCCCGAUGCUCCGAUUCCGCCCCCGGUGAAAUGCAUGACUCCGGAACAGGAGGAGCGCCGACAAAGGGAGCAUGCGAUGAUGAUUCAGAAUCAAUCGCAUGCCUUUUCCAACGGCCAGCAUUCUGCGAUGUCGUCACCAUCACUGAAUCGUAUACCACCACUCGGUCCAUCCGCUCUGAGUCGAAAUAUUGGACCACAGUCGUCGACUGCUCGUACAGAUCAGAAAACGAAUGGCAACUAG